GGGGCGUGCCGUGCCGUGCCGGGGCUAGGUGCUCGGUGCGGCUGCAGUCAGCCGGUGGCCAGCCCUCGGUCCCGAGAUGACGGCCAGCAAGCGAGUGGCGAAGGAGCUGGAGGAUCUUCAGCAGGAGCCUCCCCCGUACCUGAAGAACCUGCUCAGUGAUGAUGCCAAUGUCCUGGAGUGGCACGCGCUCCUCCUGCCCGACCAGCCUCCCUACCAUCUCAAGGCCUUCAAUCUGCGCAUCAACUUCCCCAAGGAGUAUCCACUCAAGCCUCCUGCGGUGACGUUCACCACCAAGAUCUACCACCCCAAUGUGGAUGAAAACGGGCAAGUCUGCCUGCCCAUCAUCAGCAAAGAGAACUGGAAGCCUUACACCAAGGCCUACCAAGUCUUGGAGGCCCUCUACAAGCUGGUGAAUAGACCGGAUCUGGCGGAGCCCGUGCGGGUGGAGCUGGCCGACCUGCUGACCCAGAACCCGGAGCUGUUCCAGAGGAAGGCAGAAGAGUUCACCCUCCAGUUCGGAGUGGACCGGCCCUCCUAAUUUGAGUUUCUACCCCGUCUGCGUGGGGUCCUCUGCAUGGUGGGCCAAUAUACCUCACGGACUGGGGCUGGAGCUCCUGGAUGAACCAUUCCCCACUCAGUUUUUCCUUCUUAGGUUGCUAACCGUGAGUUUGUGUAUGUGUGUGUGUGGCAGGAGGGAGGCUGUGGAUGUGUGUGUGGUGUGAGGACUCGCUGCCCCCAGGUUCACCUGGCCACAGGUGUGCCCUGCCCACUCCCUGUGCCUUCCCCACAGCCAAGGGGGUUUAGGUUUGCAGAGUGAACAGGUUAAAUCUCCAGGGAGAGAGAGACAGGUCACAUUCCAGGUCAGCCUGCUGGAAACCAGGAUCCCUCCAGGGCCCCAGGAGUAUGGAUGGGAAGCAGGACUCGUGGAGGGCGUUGUAUUUCCUAUUUCAUGGAGUGGUUGAAACCAGCCAAGCUACUGAGCGCCAUGCACUGAUUUGGGUGCUAAACCAUUCAUUUUCCAUUUUCCACUGUUGAAUCCUAAAACGAGGAGUCUGACCUCCAUCCGGGGAGUCUGACUGUGUAUUUUGAGACUUCCUGCUAUCCCCCCAGGUGGCCAGUUCCUGGGGACGGUGAGGCUGUGUCCAGCACCCGGUCCAGCAGAAUCCACCGAGCCCAGUGCCUGCCUGGCCAGUGAUGUCACAGAUGGGGCAGGCAGUUGGCCUAGUGAUCAAGACCUUGGUUGAGAUGGCCAUGUCCCAUACUGGAGCGCCUGGGCUUGAGUCCCAGCUCUGCUCUCGACUCCAGCUUCCUGCUCGUGGGCACUGUGGGAGGCAGUGGGGGAAGGCUCUAGUGAUUGGAUCUCUGCCACCCUCCUGGGGGACCUGGAUUGAGUUCCCAGUUCCUGAUUCCCCACCCUUCACCCCCGUCCAGUGUCGGAGAUUGAACCAGUGGAUGGGGGCGCCCUCUCUCUCUCUAACAAAAUUUAAACUUUAAAUAGAAAUGUUUUCUAUGUCA